CGGAAACCUUCUUCCUGUUUCUUCCCUCCGCAGCGGAGCCGGCGGCCAUGGACCCCUUCAGCCAACUUAUCGUCACCAUCUCGGUGAGCAGCUUCUUCACUUUCCAGUGGCUCUUCCACAAAGUCAGUCGGCUGUCGGCGCGCGUCAGCCCGGGCUUCCUCGGCCUCAGCGACAAGCAGAAGGUCGAAUGGAACUCCAGGACAGUAUCGACUCUUCACGCACUGUUAGUGGGAAUCUUCUGUCUUUAUAUUUUGUUCUUUGAUGCCGCCGUCAACGAAGACCCAGUCUGGGGAGAUCCUACUCUCGUGAAGACUAAUGUUGCUAUCACAACGGGCUACCUCAUAUCUGAUCUGUUGCUAAUAUUUUACUAUUGGAAGGCGAUAGGAGACAAGUUUUUUGUAGUGCACCAUCUGGCAGCGUUGUAUGCUUACUACUAUGUACUGGGCCAAGGCAUGUUGCCUUAUUUUGCUAACUUCCGUCUGCUCGCCGAGUUUUCUACUCCUUGCGUGAACCAGCGCUGGUUCUUUGAGGUUCUAGGUUACCCGAGGACUUCCCGGCCCAACAUGGCGAACGGCGUGGCCAUGGCGGCGGUGUUCUUCAUGGUGCGCGUGGCCAUCAUGCCGCUCUACUACGGCCGCAUGUACGCCGUUUACGGCACGGAGGCCUUUUACCUGCUGCCCCGCGGCGGGCGCCUGGCGUGGAUCUGCUCCAGCAUCUGCUUGGACGUCAUGAACGUGAUGUGGAUGCGCAAGAUCGCCCGAGGCUGCUACAAAGUGCUGCAGUCGGCACGCCGGGCCAAAGAUGGCGCCGCGCCCCAUGAGAACGGGAAAGUCGACUAGGAGCGGGAAGCGGGCGCCGCGUGCUAGCGCGCUAGCUCGUCAGCCAUUAAGAGCCGAGAAUCUAACGAGGAGGAAAGAUUCCAAAAGCUGGGACAGGUAUGAUGGAUCAGCUGACCGCCCGCCGACAAGCCAUGCAAUGACCUCUCGGCAAUACUCUUGCGUUGCCUAUCUUUUAUUCGCAGUAUUUUUAUUUUUUUUCAAGAACUAUUGACCCCUUUGGUGAACAAUGGAGCCCAAACUGAAAGUGUUUACUCCUCUUUUCACACACACAUUCACCGGUUAAGACUAAUACCGGCAGAGAUCCUCAUUGAAGCUCGGUGCCAUCAAGUCCUUAAAGGCUCAGCUUUUUUUUUCUUAUUAUUUUUUCUACUCUCCACGGACACAAAGACAAAGUGAGAAGUGUGACUGAAGCAGUGCUUUUGCUAUUGAAGAGACUCGUUGACAAAGUUGCCCUUUUAAGAGGCGAUUUCAAACGGAUUGAAACACGCCUGUCACCUUGCUUCUUGUUGUUGUUGUUGGUUUUUUGCCAUGCCAUAUAAGGAGCUUGGAGUUUUAUCAUCAACGGAAACGCUGAAAGGGAAACUGACCGUCAGUGCUCUUUUUCCUCUCACGAAUGGGAUUUUAAAGUCAGGUCACAACAAUGUUAAUGAUAAACACAGUCGACAUUGAUUUAUUUGACCUUUUAAACGGGUGAAACUAGAAGCAGGAUUUUUUAAAUUGUUUUUUUACAUCUAUGACUUGAUUGCCCCCCCCCCCCAUUUUUGGGGGGUGGGCACAGUAUUGUGUUGCAAUGUGUUUAAAUCAUCUUUUAAAAGAUUUAAAUUAUUUUCAGUUCACGUUUCACCAACCGUUUCCCAUUAGAAUACAAGCAUUCUUAACUCAUUCACUCCCAAAGACGUUUUUCAACGUCUUUUCAGACUUGGUCUCGAAUUGGCUGGUCCUGAAUGAGUUUAGGGGAAACGACAUCUCUGCCAAAUACACUAUGAUUUUUUUUUUUAAAGCCUCGCAACGUCCAGCUUUUGUUGCCUUGUCUUUUCAGUUUGCCUUGUCUCUUCGAAUGUUCGUAGGCUUGCGGAUAUGUCGUGUUUUAACGGUUGACGAGACCGCCAAGUCGGUGCUUUUUGUGUUCAACGCGCUAGAUUGUGUUCACAGCCGUGCCAAGUUGCAGCGAGGCUCGCGUGCGCAUCCUGUUUGUGAUCGCGUUCACCUCAAGUCCGCCGUGAGUGUAAAAACCUUCACCGAUUGGGAUCUUGGCUUUUCACAUUAUCAAAGGAUGUUCUUGGCGGCGGGGAGAGUCCUAAUUCUAGUCUGUUUUACCCGAGGCGGUCAUAUUCUCGUGUAACGAAAAGUGAGAAAGUGCACAAUGGCGGUCAGAUGUGUGCGCCCGGUCAUAUUGCACUGGAACGGAUUUCCUUCUCUUUUGGCGGUCAUCGACGCACGCGCACCGCCUUGACUUCAUGGCAAACUCCGCACAACGCCGUCGCAAAGCAGCCGUUCAAUGGUUUUCAUGUCCGGCGCAGAACUCAUUAGCAAGGGAAUACUUGAAAAGUCAGCCGCUGUUGACGACGCAUCACAAUGUGGCCAGUGCAAAUAGCAAUCUAGUCUGUGUGGAACUUUCAUGACAUGAUCGGUGGACUAGAGUCAGUCCCAAGUUCGAUAUUGGAUGGAGAAGAGAUGGGAGUGGCUACGGAAGGGGGUGGGGGGGGGCGGCGCUAAAAUGACAUUCUGUGAAUGUGAUGUGAAUUAUGGGAGAAGAGCAAAUGAUCAGCAUGACAUUUUUAUUUGUUCCUUAUAAUAAAUGACAAAUUGAACCGUG